CGUCCCCACGUGCCGGCCCGGGUGUCACCAACAUGGCGGCUGCCUGAGGCCGCCCCCGCCGCCACCGACACGGGAGCGGGGCAGCGGCGCCGCCGCCCGCCCGGCCCGCGCAGGAGGUCCAGCAAAGAAGCAAGCUGGCAUCAGGGAGUGAGGGAGAGUUCCUGAACACAGGUUGUGCCAAGGAAUAAGCCAAGAAAAAGCUUUGUUUUAUCCUAGCAUGGCAAAUGAAGAAGAUGAUCCAAUUAUACAAGAGAUUGACGUGUUCCUGGCCCGAAGUCUACUGGAGAAGCUUUAUCUGUUUCAGUAUCCCAUUCGCCCAGCUUCCAUGACGUACGAUGAUGUUACACAUUUGUCAGCGAAGAUAAAACCAAAGCAGCAAAAGGUUGAACUUGAAAUGGCCAUUGAUACUUUGAAUCCCAACUACUGUCGUAGCAAGGGAGAACAGAUCGCUCUCAACGUGGAUGGCACAUGCACAGAUGAAACAAGCACCUAUUCCUCGAAGCUGAUGGACAAACAAACUUUCUGCUCUUCCCAAGCUGCCAGCAACGUUUCCCGCUAUGCAGCUGCUGUUUAUAAAAAAGGUGAACUUCACCUGACUCCACUACAUGGAAUUCUUCAGCUGAGGCCAAGCUUCACCUACUUGGACAAGGCUGAUGCAAAACACCGAGAAAGAGAAGCUGCUAAUGAAGGUGGUGAUUCAUCCCAGGAUGAAGCCGAAGAUGAUGUUAAACAAAUUACUGUACGAUUCUCCCGCCCUGAGACCGAACAAGCUCGUCAGCGGCGUGUCCAGUCCUAUGAGUUCCUGCAGAAGAGACAAGCAGAAGAGCACUGGGUUCAUCUGCAUUAUUAUGGCUUGAAGGAUAGCCGUUCGGAACAUGAGCGCCAGUAUUUAUUUAGUCAAGGUCAUGGCCUUGCUGAAAACACAGAAUUAAUUAAAUCUCCCAGUGAAUAUUUAAUGAUGCUGAUGCCUCCAAGCGUAGAGGAAGAGAAUGACAAACCAAUGGCUCCAAGCAAUGUGCUUUCUAUGGCCCAGCUGAGAACUUUACCCCUUGCUGAUCAGAUUAAGAUCCUGAUGAAGAAUGUGAAGGUGAUGCCUUUCGCCAACCUGAUGAGCCUGCUGGGCUCGGGCACGGACUCCACGGCAGUUCUGCGCUGCGUGCAGCAGGUGGCACUGCUGGUCCAGGGGAACUGGGUGGUGAAGAGCGAUGUCCUGUACCCGAAAGAUACUUCUAGUCCCCAUAGUGGAGUUCCUGCAGAAGUGCUCUGUAGAGGGAGAGACUUUGUUAUGUGGAAGUUCACGCAGGACCGCUGGGUUGUGAGAAAGGAAGUAGCAGCAGUUACAAAACUUUGCCCAGAAGAUGUGAAAGACUUCCUAGAGCACAUGUCUGUGGCAAGAAUAAACAAAGGUUGGGAGUUCAUGCUCCCUUACGAUGAAGACUUUGUUAAGAAGCAUCCAGACAUAGUUCAGAGGCAACAUAUGCUGUGGAUGGGCAUUCAGGCCAAAUUAGAAAAGGUCUAUAACCUCUUAAAGGAGCACUUGGCACCAAAGAAACAAGAGGCACAAUCAGCUCAUCCGUUGCUGGUUUCUGGGGAGCAAAGGGUCAGCAUGGCUAAAGCAAAAGCCAAGCAGAACUACGGGCAGCUGGAGAAGGAGUUCCAGAGGCAGAAGGCAGAGAUGAAAUCAAACGACACUUCGGCCAAGAUGGAUGUUCCCAGUAUCCGCAUCAAAGAGGAGCCUGUGGGUGCCGAGGAGCCCAUGGACACCUCGGCCUUCGAGGGCCUGAACAACGGGCUGGUGAAUGGCCUCCACACGGCCGAGGGCUCCCCGGAGCCUGUGAACGGCCACCUGCCCGGGGGCUGCAUCGACCGCGUGGCCCAGGAACUGAAGGCCUUUGUGUCCUCCACGUUUAAGAAACAAUUUGUGCUCACCCUGAGUGAGCUGAAACGGUUAUUUAACCUUCACUUAGCCAGUCUGCCUCCAGGACACACGUUGUUCAGUGGCAUUUCGGACAAAAUGUUGCAGGACAUGGUGUUGGACACUGGCUGCAAACAGAUUUUGGUGCCUUUUCCUCCACAGACUGCUGCCUCACCAGAUGAACUAAAGGUCUAUGCACUUUGGGAAGCUGGUGACACUUAUGAUCAGCAUCGCCAAGUUUUGCUUGAAAUCUUUUCGAGAAACUAUCGAGUGCGCAGGAAUGUCAUCCAGAGCCAGCUGAGCCAGGAGUGUGGAGAGGAUCUGAAUAAGCAGGAGGUGGAUAGAGUGUUAAAGGACUGCUGUGUGAGCUACGGUGGAAUGUGGUAUCUAAAGGGGACGGUGCAGUCCUGACAGCGGGGUCAGGUAUCUCGGACACAAGAGGAACCUGCAGCGGUGGCACAGCCGGAGCAAUGCCGGGCCUCGGGAGGGGCAGGGUCUGACCUCCCGCGGGGCACGUGGGCAUUGCAGACUGUCACUGACAUCCCAACACUCGCAGUUUGCGUGGGAGCAGCCGGGAAGGCACCGUGGGACCCUGUCUGCAGCUUGAGUAAUCUGGGAUUUCUGAUGUAUUUCAAUUCUCCUUCUGUUUCAUUAUAAAAAAAUAAAACAAUAUAGUGACACAGACAUGAUGGAAAAUCAUGGUCUAAAACUUUAUUUUGUAAGUAAUGCCAAUAAAUUAAAUUUGUUUACAAACAUCCCAGUUUUUGUUAAAUCCCUGGAUGCUCAUACUUAAGUCUGAGCAUUGUCAUAGCCCUUGCAGCCCUCUAGAUAGAGAGCAGGUAGUCAUGUUCAUGGGAAUGUCAGGCCUGGGAGGGGGGAACAAAAUCACUGUCUGUGAACUCUGUACUACAUUGCAAUUGUUCUCACCUGUUGUCUGUGAAAUGAGUUAUUUGGAAAAGUACCUACAUCUGAAACACAGGGAACAACUACUGGAUUUCUUCUCCUGGUGUGGGGUUGGUUUUGAGGGAUGUUUUGCAUUACUGAAUGAGUACAGCGAGGUAAGUAACCCAGGGCACCCUCUGGAAGGCAUCCAGCUGUAGUUACCACACGGCAACCAUGUAAAACCUCUAUUUUGUGUAAUUUUUAAAUAAAAUUUUAUCUCAAAGGUCAA